AUGAUUGAAGUAUGUUUUGAAAAACAUGCAGAAUCACCAAAUAUUUUUGAGGAAACUUCUGAAGACUUUUUUAGUAGAAAUUUUAAAUUAACUUUUCCUUGUGGAGAUCAUAAAAGAGCAUACGGACGACAGAGCGAUAGUGGAAUAUUUACCGAAUCAAAUAUUUUUAAAAAUUUGGAAGCUAAAUCCUUCAAUGUACCUAAUUACAGACCAUUACCAAACACAACUACUCCAAUGCCAUUUGUUCUAUUGGGUGAUCAAGGAUAUCCACUGAAAGAUUAUCUAUUAAGACCCUAUCCAUUCGAUAAAAAUUUGGAUUCGGCAAAAGAAACAUUUAAUUACCGUUUGAGCAAAGCUCGGCGUAUGAUUGAAUGCACUUUUGGAAUUUUGGUAUCGAAAUGGAGAUGUUUAAAAUCCGAACUUCAAAUGAACCCGGAACAUGUUGAUAUAGUUAUUAAGACUAUAUGUUUAUUGCAUAAUAUUAUCAUCGAUAAAGAAAGUGUAGAUGAAACACUACUGGAGCAGGUUCGGCGUGACCCAACCAUCAACUCAGAAACACAUUCAGUAUCUAGACGCAAUAACAGAUCAAGAACGGAAGCAUACAUAAUACGUGAUACUUUUAAAGAUUAUUUCACAACUGUUGGAGCUAUAAUAUAA